CGUCUUUACGUGAAAAGCGUGCCGGGCAGCUACUGGGCCUGGGACGGUUCUGAAGGUUCAGUAGCGCAGGUGUGGGCUGUGCGUGGACCCGCUGCCCUUCAUGACAUCCACGUCCACAGACCGUCUGUCCCGAACACAGGGGAAAUGAAGCGGCACGUCCUGCUGCUGUGGAUGCUGCUCUGCUCCGGCAGGAGCGGGGCCAUCGAGCCCAUCAGCACCAGCAUCGCCGUGGGCAUGGCCGCGGCUCUCACCGGCUUGUUGGCCAGUUAUCAGAACAUCUUCUACUACUUCGCCGAGUGUUGUCGUCCAGAAUGGAUCGCUCUCAACCGGACUGGUCUCGCUCAUGACCUGGAGACAAGACUCUUCGGGCAGCACAUCGCGUCCCACCUCAUCCUGAGAGCCGUCAGCGGCUUCAUGAACAACAAGAACCCCAAGAAGCCGCUGGUCCUGUCGCUGCACGGCUGGACCGGCACCGGCAAGAACUUUGUGAGCGAGCUGAUCGCCGAGAACAUUUACAGGGAAGGGAUGGACAGCAGCUUCGUCCACGUCUUCACGUCGGAGCUGCACUUCCCACACGCCAGCCAGAUCGACACCUACAAGACGCAGUUGCAGCAGUGGAUCCGCGGCAACGUCAGCAACUGUGCUCAGUCCUUGUUCAUAUUCGAUGAGAUGGACAAGAUGCACCCGGGUCUGAUCGACAGCAUCAAGCCCUACCUGGACUACUACGACAAGCUGGACGGAGUCUCCUAUGGGAAGGCCAUUUUCAUCUUCCUCAGUAACGCUGGUGGAGAGGCCAUCAUCCAGACCGCUCUGGAGUUCUGGAACGCAGGAAGGAAGCGCGAGGAGAUCCAGCUGAAGGACCUGGAGAACUCGCUCUCAUUGUCUGUGUUCAACAACAAAAACAGCGGCUUCUGGCACACCAACUUGAUCGACAAGCACCUGGUGGACUUCUUCGUCCCGUUCCUGCCCCUGGAGUUCAGCCACGUGGUCCAGUGCGCCAUGGCUGGCAUGUCAGCCCGUGGACUCCAGCCGGACCUGGAGGUGGCCAAACAGGUGGCUGGUGAGCUGGUCUACUUCCCCAAGUAUGAGAGGAUCUACUCCAGCAAAGGCUGCAAGACCAUCGACAGCAAGCUGGACUACUACACAUGAAGUGGCUCCACAUUUUAGAGUGGAUCACCAGUGAACACUUUUGCCUGGUCCUCGCGAUGCCUCAUGAACCUGGAGUUUUCCUUUUAAAAACAGCUUUUAGAAGUUUUACCUGCCGACCUCAUGAAUCGUGGCCUUACUACAUUGACGUCAACCUCACUACGUCUUAAACCAGUGAACCAGCAGUCAAAUGGAACUGUGUCCGCCAUCACCUUUUUAUGUCACGUGAUGUGUUUACUGUCACAUCAGACUCUGCAGGAGUCAACUUCCAUCUCAUCAGAAGACGGCAUCUCACAGGGUGGAGGUUUCUGGUGGCUUGAGGGGAGAGAACUUCAUGUGUGUGUUCACCCUGCAUUUUGAAUGUAGUGACUUAAACUGAGUCCUACAGCGCCCCUGUGCAGUACAGCACAUGUAUGCUUACGUUGAGUUCAAGUGGAGCUCUUGUACAGUUGAUUUUUUUAAAAUUAAUAACUACAUCAUGAAACUGCCCACCUUUUUUUAUGUGAAUUCAUGUAUUGAAAAUCAAAAAUUCUUUCUUUGGUCUUUGAAAUUACAUUCAUGACUAAACCCCAUUUCCCUGACUGUGUAAACGUUUUUCUGUGAACUCAAAUAGAAGUCGUCUUUAAAACACGGUUCCCAAAAAUAUCAUUUCUGAAAGCGACAUCUUUGAGCUUGAUAAGUUAAAUAUGUGGCUUUUCAAUUGGAGUUGACCUGGACAAUUCUGUGAAAGAGUAAGAGGCUGGAAAAUGCAUCGCAUCAUGGUCCAGCCAGAAUGAAUCUGGGUGGUUAUAGUUUCAUGGCCACAUGGGGAUGCUGUUCUUCACAGGCACUACUUUCAAAAUGCAUUUUAAAACUUGCACUAAUCUGGGGUCUUGUUCCAGAUAUUUUUUCUUGACUUGAAGAUUUUCAGCAUCAUUAAUUAAACAGUUGUCAAAAGUCAGAGUCUGUGGUACACAUGAUUUCCUGGCUCAGAGGCACGUGGAAGUUCAUCGUGGAUCCUCUUUGCUCCAGAAACACAAAGAUGUCAGAGGGUCGGAUUUCCACACAUGGUGCUGGAAAAUCAUGCAGCCCGAGAAAACAGACAGUUUCAUUGGCCUAACUCUUUAGUGCAAUAAAAAGUAAAUUUGGAUUCCAGUUUUGAAAUGUUGCAGUUGCCCAACAGUCGCAAAGUGCAUGUGGGAUGAUGCAAACUGCUGGAAGACCAAGUUCCUCCCAACUAUUGACAGACUGAUAUCACCUUUAGAAAUAGACUGAUUGCAGGAGGCUACUUUGACAGGAGAACAAACCAAUUGUCCUCAUGUCCAUGAGAUCACUGUUAUGUUUUUUUGUUUAAUAACAUGGUAUACUUCACUGGAUGCAGCCAUUUUUAAAAGUUAGCAUCAACGUGAUGAAGAACAAGAUGGGUUUCGCUGGCUCUCACACGUGUCUUUUAGUGUGUAACUCUUAAGGACGUUGGUCAGCGC